AUAGAGAGAGAGGGACGGGAGUGGGUUGGGAAAUAAAAGAGCAAAAUUUUAUUGAGUGGCAAAAAAAAAAAAAAAAAGAAGAGAGAGAAAGAGAUAGGGACUAGAGAGAGAGACGGAGAAGAGAGGUGGGCACUUUAUUACCUUUUUUACGAUGCACGCAUCCGUGGCAGAGCAGAGAAGGGCAGAGGCUACUGCUACGACACAAGGGUAGAAAGAAAGAGAUUAGAAGGAGGGGAGGAAGAGGAGGUUUAGAGCCAAAAAGGAGCCAGCUUUUUGUAGAGAGACUAGUGAAAGAAAGAGAGAGAGAUAUGGAGCAGAAAUGGUGGUGUUAUGGGAAGGAAUAGAUAUUGUAAAACAAAGAGGGAAGAGGAAAAACUGGAUGAGAAAUAGUUUGAAGGAUUAGUAUAUGUGUGUAUAUAUAUAUAUAUAUAUUUUUUUUUUUCUUUUUCAUUUUUGUGAAAUGGGUUUGUUUUCUUUUGAGCUGAGGGAUUGAUGGCAUGCAAGGAGAGAUGGUGGGUUUAAAGCUACUGAGGAACACAGACUUGAAUCAAAGAUUCUUCAUCUUCUUCUUGUUCUUGUUCCUGUUCUUCCCCUUUACGAAUCUCGUGCAGUGUUUGAUCUUCGAAGAGGUUUUGGAUUCUGGGUAUGAGAGGGAUGCCCUUUCAUUGGCAGCAGGGGAAGGGGGUUUUAGAAAUUGCAGCCGCAGCCGCAGCAGCAGCAGCAGAAGCCGGAGGCUUCCCUUCGAUUUGUGCCGGAGAUAAGUGGAAGAAACAAGAGCUUUGUAGCUUUGCAACCAACGAACCUACUUCUGUUCUUCAUAUGAGAAGAAGCCCGAGUCCUCCCACAUCGGCAUCGACUCUGUCUUCGUCUUUCGGAGGUGGUGGUGGUGGAGGAGGAGUUGGAGGCGGCGACGGCGGUUCAACAGACAACACCGGCGGCGUGGCGGCGGGACUUCCGCCGCAUACACCAGCCGCGCCAGUAACGGAGCCCAGCACCGGGGCUUCACGGAAAAACGAGUGGGCAUCGGAGCUCCAGCCGAUUCCUAGCGGACUAGAGGCUGUUACCGGGUCAGGAGGCGAAAGAUGUGGACUUGGGUUGGAGGAUUGGGAGACCAUGUUGUCCGAAACGGCGGCUUCGCCUGGACAAGACCAGUCGCUUCUCCGGUGGAUCGCGGGCGACGUUGAUGACCCGUCGUUUUGCUUGAAGCAGCUUUUGCAGGGUGGAAACAAUCCUCUCGAGUUUGACGGCAAUGCCGGCUUGGGAGUCGUCGAUCAGGGCACGGGAUUCGACCACAUCGGCGGUGCCUUGGGAGGCGUUUCCGGUACUGGUAGUCUGAUGGCUGGCAUUAAUCCGAAUUUGGGUUUUCCUGGUUCUGGGUCGGCAAACAACAACAACAAUGGAAGUGGAAAGAUUGGUUCGAUUGCGCCAAGCUCUUCUGGAGGACUUAAUUACAAGGUUACAAACAUUGGGUUGGGCAGCAACAACAACGGCAAUUGUAAUAUGCAAAACCCCAUUCUAUCAAAUUCGGCUUUCGGUCUUCCUCUUUCGGUUUCUUUGCCUCCCGGAAUGGUUUAUCAGCCGCAGCAACAAGAUUUUGAAAGCCCAGAUGAGAAGCCGCAGAUUCUGAAUCCACAGUUGUUGAUGAACCAACAGCAGCAGCCGCAUCUCCCUCAGAAUCCCAACUUUUUUCUGCCAUUAGAACAGCACCUGCUUCAGCCCCAACCGAAGCGCCACAACUCCGGCGGUGUGGACCCUGGUUCUCAGAUAUCAAAAGUUCCAUUUCCUGAUCCGGGUCACGAGUUCAUGCUUAGGAAACAACAACAACAUCUGGGUUUUCCUCAGGGCAUGCAGUUUCUUCCUCAGCAUCAUCAUCAGCGGAAGCCAUUGAUGGUACCCAAGCAGAAAAUGGUUGGACCUAGUGAAGAAUUGGCGGCCCACCAACACCAGCACCAUCAGCAACAACAACAUGCUUUGCUCGACCAGCUCGACAAGGCCGCAGAGCUGGUAGGGACUGGGAAUUUCUCACACGCGCAAGGGAUAUUGGCGCGGCUCAAUCACCAGCUCUCCCCUGUUGGAAAACCUCUCCACAGGGCUGCUUUCUACUUCAAGGAGGCUUUGCAAUUGCUCCUCCUCUUGAACAACCCAGUCACCUCCCCUCCGCCCAGAACCCCGACCCCUUUCGAUGUUAUCUUCAAAAUGGGCGCUUAUAAGGUCUUCUCCGAGGUCUCCCCACUUAUUCAAUUCGUCAACUUUACCUGCAACCAGGCUCUCCUCGAAGCAGUGGAUGAUGCGAAUCGAAUUCACAUCGUAGAUUUUGAUAUUGGGUUUGGUGCUCAAUGGGCUUCUUUUAUGCAGGAGCUUCCAUUGAGGAAUAGAGGCACCCCAUCAUUGAAAAUCACUGCCUUUGCCUCUCCCUCCACCCACCAUCCGGUCGAGCUUGGUCUAAUGAAAGAAAAUCUUACACAGUUUGCCAAUGAAAUUGGUAUAUCUUUUGAGCUUGAAGUUUGUAACUUUGAUAUUUUGGAGCAAACCUCCUACACCCUGUCUGUGUUCCAAACAAAUGAAAAUGAAGCUGUUGCGGUAAAUUUUCCUAUCUGGUCUUCUUCGAGUCAACCAGCGGCUUUGCCUAAUCUGCUUCGCUUUAUAAAGCAGCUUUCCCCGAGAAUCGUGGUAUCUUUGGACCGGGGUUGUGAUAGAUUUGAUCUCCCUUUCCCGCAACACAUACUUCAGGCUCUCCAAUCCUAUAUAAUUCUGCUGGAAUCGUUGGAUGCCGUUAAUGUGCCUUCAGAUGCUCUGAACAAGAUUGAGAGGUUCCUGCUCCAGCCAAGCAUUGAGAGCACCGUAUUGGGGCGUCUUCGAGCCCCGGAUAAGAUGCCCCUUUGGAAAACGCUCUUUGCCUCGGCUGGUUUCACCCCUUUAACGUUUAGCAACUUUACUGAAACUCAGGCAGAAUGUGUGGUGAAGAGGACUCCGGCGAGGGGAUUUCAUGUUGAGAAGCGGCAAGCUUCACUAGUGCUGUACUGGCAGCGUCGAGAGCUCAUCUCAGCUUCAGCUUGGAGAUGCUGAGGAGCAGCAGCCAUUUGACAAAGCAAGGAGGUUGGUUUUUAGCAACUCACAAUUUAUCCCAGAGGUUCCAAUUUACUCUAAUCUGUUAUUUAAGUAAAUAAAUGUUGAACUGUGUUCUUGGCACCUCUGAUGUGACUUUAAUCUUUGUGAAUUAUCAUGAUUGUGAGUCUCCUUUGCUUAUUGUCCAUCUAGUCUAGAUAAUCUAGCAUUUUCCUUGAGACAAAACAUCUAACAAGGAAAUUCCAGUAGAGCCUUUUUCUUUUGGAUAUGCAUACUAUUAUUAUUGUACUUCGAUGUUUUUAAUGGGGAAAUGUGGAUGUUUCUGGUGAAGGUGGUGAUUAUUGGUUACAAACAAUUAUAUUAUAAUUGGUUACAAACAAUAAUAUUAUAAUCA